AUGUGGAAAUGCACCAUCGCCGCCCUUGCGUGUGGUGUCAAGGCGACCCUGAUUCCAGCUCCCCGUACUUUUGUCCAGCGGCUGCAACCGGAGCCGUCCGGACAAGGGCCUCCUCCGACCGCGGCAGCUACUGCGCAACCCGCGUUGCUCCAACGUCGAGCUGACGCCACUUGCGGAUACAUCGACGGGCAGUACGGUGUGCUUGCAGACCCCUCCGCGUCAAGCGUGCCUCGUCGCGGCCCAGGAGCUGACUCUGGCGUAGCCGCGUGGUGCGUCAACCCCUAUUCAUGCAUUUACGACGACGCCAUCUCAGCAGCUGGCUGUUGCCGAGACGCAGCGUCGUGCACUCUCGCAACCAUGUGCUGGCCGUCUAUUUCGCCCACGCCGAGAGACACGCGUCGCACGACGUACUGCUCCGACCCGGCUUCUCCGUCGUGCCUAACACUCAUCUACAAGGACGGCCCGUGUCUGGGCUGUACCUGGUUUCAGUGCGACACGGACGGCGGAAGAAUGGCCGUCCUGACGACCUCGAGCACGGGUCCGUCUGCGCCAUCGCCGCCGACGACGACGCCGCCGACAAGCACGACGCCGCCGACAAGCACGACGCCGAUUCCGCCGCCACGUCCAUCACCCCAGAGCCCAACCGGCGCAAUCGUCGGGGGAGCCGUAGGAGGGGCCGCCGCGCUGGGUUCAAUCGGGCUUUUGGCAUUCCUCUUCCAGCGUCACCGGAAGCCAAAGGGGCCGGGCCCUGAACAGGCACCGGCCUCGGCACCACAGGCCGACGACGGCAAGUGGCCGGAAUCCCGCUCCAGCAGGGCCAAGUCGGACACGGCCACCGUCGACGGCAGCCUAGGAUCGGCCUCGCCGCCGCCUCAGCAUCUAGAGGGCCUUGCCGCCGCGAGUCUGUCGGCUCCGGCGGCCACGGUCCGCCCGUGGAGCUACCCGGAGCGACAGACGGUGCCGCGCCAGCAGCUCCCAGGCCUGCAGACCCGGCAGGCGUCGCCUCCCUCAGAGAUGCCCAUCACGGGCCCAGAUCGAUCGGCCCAGGAGAUGCCGGCGAGCACGUGA